CCAAUGAGCUCCAAAGACAGCAAGUAGGCGUAGGACCUGGAAAGGCGCCUCAACCUCACCGGGUUUCCUCACUUCCUGGGGCGGCACCUCCACCUCCCUACCCGCAACCCGCGGGGUGAAAUCGUUCCCUGCUCGUUCCAGAACCAGGAUGGCGGUGGACCAGAUCCGAGCGCGGUUUAGAGCUAAAAUGGGCGACAGUGGGUUAAUCCCGGGCUGGGCGCCUAGCGAAUAGGAGUACCCUCUGCGGGAGGAGGGCCAGGCCUGACGCCACACGGCGAAGGAGGCGGUGCAGAGGCUUCCCGCCCCUGCGCCGCGCGCCGUCGGGCUCCGCCCCGCGCAGCCCUACGGAGCAAAGCCCCUGUGCGCAGGCGCACCCCGGCAGCUGAGGCUGGAGGCCGCAGGAGUGGGAGCCAGUAAGGCGCUUCGAGAAGGAAACGGCGGUAGCGCCCCGUGGAACAAGACGCGAGCGCGGGUACCUGCGAAGCGCCAGGUUCCGGCGAACGCACCAGCUGAGCCCUCAGCAGCUGGAGCCCCCGCGCCAGUUUGGUUUGGGGUAAGAGGAGGGGCCCUUAUCUCUGCACCUCGGGCGUGAUGAGCCGGCGCCCCUAAACCGGCGUGAUGCUCGGUUUGGUUUGGACUUGCGCUGCCCUUUUCUCGGGUCGCGGGGAUGCGAGUGGAAAAGGGGGCACCAAGUCCUGUAGGCUGGGCCCUGCGGCCGCGGCCGAAGUAACGGUGUAAAGAUGGACCGAUCCCGCCCAGAGCCGUCUCAACCCCAGGUGAUCCUCAUCCUCCGCCCUCCCUGGCCUUCUGUCCGUGCUCCGGGAGCCCAGCCUGACGUUUAUUAUUCAGAAAAUGUGCUUGUCAGGGGGAGGCCUAGGUUGAACACGCGGCCCCGAGUCUCCCAGGUGAAACCCUCGACACUUAUCCUUCUCUGCCGCCGCAUUUUACAGAAGACGAGCCCAGCCCCGAGAAGGGAAGAAACCGGCCCAAGGUCACAUCCUAGUCAGAGGCCGAGCCAGGACCGAAGCUAGUAGUCCUGCUUUCUAGCCUGAGAUCUAGGCACCGCUCCCUUCCUCACCGCAUCUCUCUGGGUCUGCCCGCAUCCUUCGUCCUCCUGCCGCGUCCUCCACGAGGCUCUGUUCUUGGGGACUUGGUGGGGGGGUGGGUGGGGAGUGCUUCCUCCCCUCAAGCUGCGCCCUCGGGAAGAAUGCUGGACAGCAGUCAGGCCGCCGGUCCAGUUUCCUCGAGCACGAGCUGAGCGGGCUGUUACUGAAGGACGGCAGAGGCAGGACCGGGGGAGGAGGAGGACCGAGCAAGUUGGAGGCGCCGCGGGAGCAGGCCGGAGAUGCUGGAACCCACCCGGAGGAGCCUGACCAUUCUGCCUCUCGUGGCCACUAUGCUGACUGCCUGCUUCUCCAGACCCCCGUCACAGCUCCCGAGGAAAACCCUGAAUUUCUCUGAUAGAGUAAAUGGAGCAAGGUGCUGCUGUGUGAGACCUCAUUCCUACCCAGCUGCCCUUGUGUCAUCAACAUUUGUCCUUCCUAAACCCAUCUUGUUAGAUUCAGGCUGUCAAGCUGACUCCUGGUUCAGUCCAGGCAGGAAGAAGCAAAGCAACAUGGAAGAAGGGAGGAGCUGCCCCUGCAUCAGGAGAGCAAAACUCUCCCAGCAAUCAUUGCAGACUUCUGCUUGCACCUUAUGGGCCAGGGAGGCUCGCUGCCGUUUCACUCUGCCUCCUUUGUCCCUGUCGACCGUCGGACUUAACGCUGCUUCGGUGAACCCAGUUGGCAGCAAAGCUGUCUUGGUCACAGGCUGUGACUCUGGAUUUGGGUUCUCCUUGGCCAAGCAUCUACAUUCAAAAGGCUACUGCUUGUAGGGCCUGGUUAACAAUGCGGGCAUCUCAGUGUUUAGGGAUGUGGAGUUCACCAGCAUGGAGACCUACAAGGAAGUGGUGGAAGUAAACCUCUGGGGCACAGUGUGGGGGACAAAACCCUUUCUCCCCCUCAUCCAGAGGGCCACAGGCUGCGUGGUUAGCAUCAGCAGCAUGCUGGGCCGCAUGGUCCACGCGGCCGGCCCCCCAUACUGCAUCACCAGGUUUGGGGUGGAGGCUUUCUCCGACUGCCUGCGCUACGAGGUGCACCCACUGGGAGUGAAGGUUGGCGUGGUGGAACCCGGCAACUUCAUCGCCACCAACAGCCUCCACGGUGCUGAGCGCAUCCAGGCCAUCGCCAGUAAGAUGUGGGACGAGCUGCCUGAGGGGGUGCGCAAGGACUACGGCAGGAAGUACUUUGACGGGAGGGUCGCGAAGGUGGAGACCUACUGCAACAGCAGCUCCACGGACACGUCCCCCGUCAUCAGCGCUGGCACCCACACCCUGACCUCCGCUACCCCCUGCACUCGCUACCACCUCAUGGACCACUACGGUUGGGUGCGAAUGCGGAUCACGACCCACUUGCCCGGAGUGAUCUCCUCCAACAGGAUCUACAUACACUGAGGAGUUUCGAACUGGCCUCUGUUGGGGAGCCCUGGGGGCAGGGAAGAGGACGGAGGGAGGGAGGGGGAGGGGCUUUUGUCCUUACCUCUUGAUUACCCACUAGUGGAUUAUCCCAGUCCCAGGAGGACCCACUACCAGUUUGAGCGUUAACCAGAGCAGGCAGCCCAGUUCAACCUGUGUGCCCAGUGAAUGGCUCGGGCCUUCUCAACUGGGGUGCAGUGUGGUGGGUGGGGCCCACAAACCUCAGGGCAAACAUGGUGAAUCUGUCUUUCUGGAAUUGAUUUUAUACAACGAUUUUAGGCAGACAUCUUUAUAUUAAAAACAGAUUUUUUAUAAAAUAGAAUCCAAAUCCUUUAUAUUUUAAAGCCAAAGCAUCAGUUCAAAAAAUUUAUCUCAGGACUCCCCUGGUGGUCCAGUGGUUAAGACUUCACCUUCUAAUUCAGGGGGUGCAGGUUCAAUGCCUGGUCAGCUAAGAUCCCACAUGCCUCAGGGCCAAAAAACCAAAACAUAAAGCAGAAGCAAUAUUGUAGCAAAUUUAGUAAAAACUUUAAAGAAAUGGUCCACAUCAAAAAAAAAAAUUUAUCUCAUUUGAUCCUUAAACCAGCCUCAUGAGUAAAAAGGGCAGUUUUUUUUUUCUUUUGUACAUGAAGAAUUUCUGGCUCAAAGAGGAUACACGAAUUACCCUUGUGUUGCUUAUAAAUCAAUUUUGCUUAUAUUGCUUUAUAUAAAAUAUAAAGGUCCAAGUCGUGCGUUCCUGCCACUGCUGUAGAAACAUUUCACAUUUUAUGUUCUGGGGCUGCUCUGGAUCCUGUUAUCUGAGGAUCCUGUGAUGAGCUCUGUACCCUCACCUGUGCCAUAUAUACCAUGUGCCCACCAUGCACCUCUUUGCAUGUCCUUGGUGCUGCUGUGUGCAGCCUGCAGCCAGUGAUUCAGAGCUGAGUGGAGGGGGUGGCAACUUUCUGGAGAUUUCCAUUUGAGGUUUCUCCAGCUUAUCUUAGGACAAACUUGUGUGGAGGUGCUCAUUGGCUAAGAGGUAAUUUGUUUCUGGUUUGGGUCCGCUUGGUCUUGCCUGGGCUGGGACCCAUGUUGAUGGGACAUUCUUGGAAGGAGCCAUGAUACACAGGAUGGGCACUGUGGCCUCUCCUCCCCCAGGGGUGGGUCCAGGUUCCCUGUCUGUUUCACCUGGUGCUUACACACACACACACACACACACACACACACACACACACACACACACACACACACACACACACACACACACACACACCUGUUCUAUGGUGCUCAGGGUGGCCUUCAUUGAUGGCUCACCUUCCUGGUAUGGACUUAGAUUUAAUUAAACCAGGGUCACUGAUCAGCAGAGCCUGCGUUAUCACUUCUUGGGUUUGGGUUUUUGUUUUUUUAAAAUAAAUUUAUUUAUUUUACUUGUUUUAAUUUUUGGCUGUGUUGGGUCUUCGUUGCUGCUCGCAGGCUUUCUCUAGUUGUGGCGAGCAGGGGCUACUGUUCAUUGCCGUGCGCGGGCUUCUCUUUGCAGCGGCUUCUCGUUGUAGAGCACGGGCUUUAGGCGUGCAGGCUUCAGUA